AUGCCCAAUAUCCAUCUUUUCUUCUUUCUUCUAUCUCUACAUGCAAUAGCUGCUUCGGCGCAAUCAGGGUUUGUAAGCAUAGAUUGUGGUAGCAGUAGCAAAGAUUACACCGACGGCAACGGAAUCAUCUGGAGUGGCGACGACCCCUACAUCCACACGGGUGAAAACAAAGUUGUUCAAUCGUCUAAUACUCUCUCUCCAGUGCUGAACACUCUUAGGGUGUUCUCAACUCGCAAGAAGAAUUGUUACUCAAUCCCCUUCACCAAGGGGACACAUGUUCUUGUUCGUGCAAGCUUUUACUAUGGCAACUAUGACCAGAACUCAUCUCCCCCUUCCUUUGCUUUACAUUUGGAUGGCAACAAGUGGGCAACUGUGGUUACUUCCAGUAUCAAUUGGGUUUUUUAUGAAGUCAUAUAUGUUGUAAGAAAUGAAGCCAUAAGUGUUUGCCUAGCCCAGACAGAGCCCUAUCAGUUUCCCUUCAUAUCAGCACUUGAAGUGAGGACUUUGGACUCUAAAAUGUAUCCCUAUUUAGACUUCUCAAACUAUGCUCUGUUCUUAAAUGAAAGGACUGAUUUUGGUGCAAAUCAAACCCUAAUAAGGUACCCGUAUGACAAAUAUGAUCGAAUGUGGAUUGCAGUAGGACCAGGGACCGGAAUGACUGCUGUUACAAGUACCGCCAAGGUGAUCAGUACCAGUGGUAUCUCAGACAACCCUCCAUAUAGUGCGCUACAAAAUGCAGUAACAACUAUAGAUGCUACAGAGACAUCCAUAUACUUCUACCCUACUCUUCCAAUUAUCUCAACCUAUGUGUACAUGAACUUCUAUUUCUCAGAAGUGGAUGUGCUAGAUUCGAAGACCCAGCUACGAUCAUUCAACAUCGACAUAGAUGGUUUAUCCAAGGGUGACCCCAUAGUUCCAACGUAUGGAUCCCUUACAGAGAUGAUCUUCUCCAACUUCACUGCUUCCUCCAGUGAUUCAUUUUCUUUGGUCUCCACAAAUAAUUCCACACUUCCUCCCCUGAUAAAUGCCUUGGAGGUCUUUUUAAUUAGUAAUCCACUCACAAGUGGGACUAACAGUGUUGAUGUGAAACAAUUGAGUUUAUUACAAACCCAAUUCCCUGUGCUAGCAGAAUGGAGUGGUGAUCCUUGCCUUCCAGAAUUUUAUUCCUGGGAAUGGGUUGGUUGCAGCUCUGAUGCCACGCCUCGCGUUAUAGAUCUGUAUCUGAGUGGGUAUGGGCUCUCUGGAACAAUUCCGGAUUUUAGCUCUAUGGAUGCUCUUCAAACCAUAGAUUUACAAAACAACAGCUUAACAGGAGAAAUUCCUGCUUCCCUAGGCAGUCUAACCAACCUUCAAUUGCUUGUCUCCGGCAACCAGAAAUUAUGCACCUCAUCGUGUGGGAGUUCAGUGCCACCUUCAAGCCCUGGGACUCCAUCAGAUGUGCCUUCAAGCUCUGGAGGGACUCCAUCAGAUACUUCUUCAACAACUCCAUCUACAAGCACCAGUGGCAAGAGUAGCAGCAAGCUACCAAUAAUCCUAGGAAUCACAAUCCCUGCUUUCGUUGUCUUCUUGGUGAUCGUGGCAUUCGUGGCUAUCACAUACCACAAGGGAAAAACUGCAGCCACUGCAGCCAGGAAUGAAGGGUUUGUAAGCCUAAAUUGUAGUAGCAGUAGCAAUAGUUACACCAACACGAUGGGGAUCACCUGGUAUAGCGAUGACUCAUACAUCUACAUAGGUGAGAAGAAAGGGGUGGUAACGACUAAAACUUUCUCUCAAGCGAUGAAUACUCUUAGGGUGUUCUCAACUCGCAAGAACACUUGUUACUCAAUCCCAUUCAUUAAGGAUACAAAAGUUCUUGUUCUAGCAAGCUUUUUCUAUGGAAACUAUGACCAGAAGUCAUCUCCUCCUUCCUGUGAUUUACAAUUCGAUGGAAACAACUGGUUAACAGUGCAGGCUUCAGUGGUUAUAUGA